CUCGACCGGGUCUUCGUUUUGCCCUUUCACUUGCCUAGACUCCUACUUUUUCUGUGAAUCAAAUAUUUUGUCUUUUGUAAUUUAAAGAUUCCACUAAAAUCUAAGUUGUGUUUAUCGGAUAAGGGUUGUGAGAAAAUGAAUCACUCAUCUUCUGAUCAGAGCCUCUACCUUGAGAGUGAUGGAGAGGAGGAGAGAAAGAACUCGUCCGAAGAAGAAGAAGACGAUGGAGCCUUUUCCGAUCAUUCUGAUACUCACAAUCAAAACCGACAUCAUUCUAAACCUAACUCAUACUCAACGGCAUGGCCAAAGAGUUACAGGCAAUCGAUUGAUCUGUAUGGAAGUUUACCAUCUCCCAGUCCUGGUUUUUUGGGUAAUUCUUCAUUAUCAAGAUUUGAAAGCUCUUUCAUGUCCUUAACAAGAAGACAUACUCCAGAAGCAUUACCUGCUGUUACAAAACCUCUGCUAGUAGAUGAAGAAGCAGCAAAGCGUAAGCGUAGCUCUCAUUCUCUACUUUCUUCCAAAGCCUCUUCCAGGGUGUCUCAUGAAAUGGGAAUCUCCAACGAUAGCUCAUUCGGACAAGCCGUUCUUAAUGGAGUAAAUGUUCUAUGUGGGGUUGGAAUAUUGUCAACACCAUAUGCUGUGAAGGAAGGUGGAUGGUUGGGGCUUCUCAUUCUCUUUGCAUUUGGUAUUCUUUGUUUCUACACUGGAUUGCUUUUGCGUUACUGCCUUGAUAGCCACCCCGACCUCCAGACUUAUCCAGAUAUUGGCCAUGCGGCUUUUGGUACCACCGGCCGCAUCCUUGUCUCCAUAAUACUCUAUCUGGAGCUAUAUGCUAUGAGUGUUGAAUACAUAAUUUUGGAAAGUGACAAUCUUUCAUCACUAUUUCCAAAUGCUGCUCUAAGCAUUGGAGGGUUUCAUUUAGAUGCACCUCAUCUAUUUGCUCUCCUUACUACCAUUGCUGUUCUCCCCACCGUCUGGCUUCGAGAUCUCAGUAUACUAAGUUACAUUUCAGCUGGAGGGGUGAUUGCAUCAGUUUUAGUGGUUGUGUGUUUGUUCUGGAUCGGUUUGGUUGAUGAAGUUGGAAUUCACAGCAAAGGGACUCCUCUGAACCUGGCAACAUUACCUGUUUCUGUAGGACUCUAUGGUUACUGUUAUUCAGGGCAUGGUGUUUUUCCAAAUAUCUACACUUCCAUGGCCAAACCCUCUCAGUUCCCUGCGGUACUCUUGACAUGUUUUGGAAUUUGUACUUUGAUGUAUGCGGGUGUCGCUGUCAUGGGAUAUAGCAUGUUCGGAGAAUCAACAGAAUCACAAUUUACUCUCAAUAUGCCUCAAGAGUUGGUUGCGUCUAAGAUUGCUUUAUGGACCACGGUAGUCAGUCCAUUUACCAAAUAUGCUUUGACAUUGUCUCCGGUUGCAAUGAGUCUUGAGGAGUUACUACCAUCAAACCAUGGCAAGUCACGUUUCUAUGCAAUCGCCAUUAGAAGCGCGUUGGCCUUCUCUACUCUGCUCGUUGGUCUUGCGAUUCCCUUUUUUGGCCUUGUCAUGUCAUUAAUUGGAUCAUUCUUGACAAUGCUCAUUACGUUGAUACUACCACCCGCUUGUUUCUUGAGCAUCUUAAGGACAAAAGUAACCCCUACUCAGGUGGUGCUUUGUAUCGUAAUUAUCACAGUAGGAGCAGUAUGUUCAGCUAUGGGCACAUAUUCAGCCCUUUCAAAGAUCAUCGAGAAGCUGAACACCUAGAAAUGAAUUAUUUUAUCCAUUUUCAAUAAGUCAGUGGAGAAUUAUUACAGCACUAUCACUUUCUUUAAAUCGAUUAUUAUCAUCUUUUUCUCAGUGGGUGAACUUUAAUUUAUAUCCACAACCACCUUAUUUACAUACAAGAAAAUGCGAACAUUUUUUUUUUGCAUCUCGAAUACUUUUUUUGUAAGUGGUGUAAGUUUACUUUACAUUCGUACUCAUUUAGCUUUAUUCUCUUAAUAUGUGCUCAUAUCUACAUUAUAUAUUUUGUUCAACAAGCAAAAUAAAAUAGCCAAACUGACUAAAGAACUGCUGCAUCAAGAAUUCAAGAGCCAAGCAGGAAACAUAAAAAAGAUCCAUGGAUGAAGACUAAGCCUUAUCUAUUCAAGUCUCAGAAAAAGGUAAAUGUCCUUCUCCCUAACGAUGCAAGCUGCAUCAAAGAUCCUAAUGAAGAGCCAAAGCCAUCUCUUUCACUAUGACUUCUCUGCCGGUGGCUACUAGUAAUAAACAACGUUGAUUGUAAACCUUGUUAUUGGUUUGUUUCUUUGCUUCCUUUUUGCAACUCUUAUAUUCUCGGAUUUGAGAAUUUUGCAGGGUAUGUACCUUCUUCAUUUCAGUACUCUCCUCUCAUCAGUAGAAUCAGGAGUUUAUGCUUUCUCUCAAUUUUGUUUACGCUACUGUUAAACAUGCUGGUCCUACUGUCAAAAUAUGGGGAUUUUUGCCAAGGCGCUUAUAAAAACUGGUUUUCACGAAA